AUGCUUUUGCAAGUGUCUCAGUAUUCGGAGUGCCUUAAUUUGACUGACUGCAAGAACGAAAACAUUCGCAAUUUGGCUAUCAUUGCCCACGUUGACCAUGGCAAGACGACCCUUGUGGACGCGCUGCUGAAACAGGGUAAAGUCUUUCGGUCCCACCAACAGGUGGGCGCGCUAAUCAUGGAUACCAACCCCCUUGAGCGGGAGCGCGGAAUCACUAUCCUAGCCAAGAAUGCCUCUGUCUCUUACGGAGAUGUGAGGAUUAACAUUAUCGACACGCCGGGCCACGCCGACUUCAGCGGCGAAGUGGAGCGUGUUAUGAAUAUGGCCGAUGGCUGCCUGCUGUUGGUGGACGCGGUGGACGGUCCCAUGCCACAGACUACCUAUGUGCUUCGCCAGGCCCUCCAGCAGAAUGUCACGCCAAUGGUUGUCAUCAACAAGAUAGACCGCCCCGAGGCACGCACGGCCGAGGUGGUCACGAUGAUCCAGGACCUGUUCCUGGAACUGGCUACUGAAGUAGAACAGCUUGACUUCCCAGUACUAUACGCCUCUGCUCGCGAUGGCUACGCCACUGCCGAUCCGGGCGUCCCUGGGACGGACAUGCAGCCUCUCUUCGAUGCGAUCGUGAAGUCGGUCCCACCGCCCGGCGGCGACAUGGCUGCCCCGCUGCAAAUGCUCGUGGCAGCCCUGGACUACGACAACUACCUGGGCCAGGUGUCCGUUGGCCGCAUAUCCAAUGGCACAUUGCGGAUGCGGGAUGAUGUAGCCCUGCUGGCGCGCGAUGGCGAAAUAAGUACGCACAACAUUGAGCGUAUCUUCGUGUUCCGCGGCAUGGAGCGGGUUGAAGUCCCCGAAGCCUACGCUGGAGACAUCGUAGCGGUUUCUGGACUUGAUGCGUGUAUCCAUCGGCGAUACCAUAACUUCGACUGA